GAGCGAUUAAAGGAAAAGUAGGACAGAAAAACGUAGAGAUAACUAAAUUUAAUUUGGAAAGAAUGGCCACAAUAUUACUCCUCGACUUUGUAUAGACAAAAAUAUGACUAAAUAUGAUAUUGACAUAAAUGUGUGACUACCGUUCUGUAUCUGUGAGCCGCUGCAUCUCUCCCUUGGAUCCGCGACAUCAAAGAGCCACAUUACCUUCCCUUGGAUUUGCGAUCAAACUCCCCAUUUCUUCUCUACGCAUUUCUUCCCAGCGCAUCAUCUUUUCUCUGUGCAUCUUCUCUGCGCAAAAUCACCGGCCACUUCUCUACACAUCUUCCUUGUUGUGCAAAACCUCCAGCCUCGUGUCUGUCUCGCCUCCGAAUCACCUCACCACAACCUCGCCUCACCUCACCUCAAACUCGCCGCAUAGGUUUGCCUCAUUUGAGUCGUUUCGUCGCAGCCUCUCCGUACAACUUCACUUCACAGGCUGGCUCCGCCUUGCCUCCCCUCAGAUGGAUGGGUUACGGAUUACCAUAUCUGAGAUGGAGAGCAGUAAGUGACCAAACCAGAUCUGGGGAGGGUGGCGGCUACGCUGAGGUGGUGGCUGGUCAGAGGUGCGCUGGUUUUUGAAGGUGGGUCUGGGAAGGGGUGGGUCGAGGCUAGGCUGUUUGGAAUCGGAGUUGGGGGAGUGGGCUGGAG